AUGCGCUUCUCGACAUUCUCGCGUUUCCUUUCUGCUCUCGGCCUUGUCGGCGUGUCCUACGCUGCCCCGACCGCUCUUCAGGAACGGGCCGCGACGGCGUUGUCAUCCUCAGAGCUUGCAAGUUUCGCACCGUUCACGCAGUUUGCGCGUGCUGCCUACUGUCCCAAUGGUUUGAAGACCUGGACAUGUGGAGCUGCAUGCAAUGCUAACUCCGACUUCCAAGUAACCCUCACGGGCGGAGACGGUAAUGAGAUUCAGAUAUAUUACGUUGGCUUCUCGCCUUCCCAAAACAGUAUCAUUGUGGCGCACGAGGGAACUGAUCCGACGCAGUUCCUCUCUCUUUUGACAGACGCGAAUAUCGUUCUGGCGAGCCUGAGCACCUCCUUGUUCCCUGGGGUCACUUCGGGCACCCAAGUCCAUAGCGGGUUCCGCGAUCAGCAUGCCAAGACCGCCUCCGUUAUCCUCACGGAGGUGAAGAGAUUGAUGGCUUUGAAGAAUACAAAAAAUGUGGCGCUUGUCGGCCACUCUCUUGGAGGCGCUCUUGCAGAACUCGAUGCUUUGUUUUUGACGCUGAACCUCCCGUCCGGCACGGCAAUCAAAGCUGUGACGUACGGCACGCCGCGAGUUGGGAAUGCUUUAUUUGCCUCGCUUAUCGACUCAAAGGUACUGGAUUUCAAGCGUAUUAACAACAAAGACGAUAUUAUCCCUAUCGUUCCUGGGCGUUUCCUUGGUUUCUCGCACCCGCACGGAGAGGUCCACAUUCUCGGGCCUGGUCGUGCUGUCGCAUGCUCAGGUGAUGACAACGCCACAGACGCGGAUUGUCAGAUUCAGUCGGUUCCCAACAUUUUCGAAGGCAAUAUUCUUGACCAUUUGGGGCCUUAUGAGGGAAUCAGCAUUAGUACUCUAGCCUGUUAG